CCAUGCCGGCAACCAACCAGGGCUGGCCCGAGUCCUUCGGGUUCCGGAUAAGCGGCUCGGGGCCGUGCUACAUCCUCUGGGUGCAGGAGGGCAGCAGCGCGGCGCUGGCGGGGCUGCGCCCGGGGGACGAAGUGCUGGAGCUCGAGGGCCAGCCCGUGUCCUGGCUGGGCUGCGAGGCGCUGCUGGCGCUGGCCCGGCGCUGCGGCAGCGUGCCCCCAAGCAUCGGCGUGGUGUCCCGGCUGCAGCGCGCCAGCAUCCCCCCCGGGCCCCGCGGCUGCUUCGGCUUCCAGCUGGCGAGCGAGAGCCCCCCGCGGGUGGCCAGCGUCAGCCCCGAGUCGCCGGCCGCGGCCUGCGGGCUGGAGCCCGGGGAUUACCUGCUGGAGGUGGACGGGACCCCGGUGGCGCUGCCGGAGGUGGCGGCCGCGCUGGUGGGGUCGUGCCGAGGGCGGUCCCUGCGCCUGGCGCUGCUGCGGCCGCAGCGAGGGGACACGGCCGGGGACAUCACCGGGGACAUCUCGGGGGACACCGCCGGGGACAUCUCGGGGGACACCGCCGGGGACACCGCCGGGGACACCGGGCCCUGCGCCGGCCCCGCGCGCCGGGACAGGAGGCAGAAGGCGCAGGAGUUCAGCAGGAAGGUGGAUGCCAUCCUCGGGGAGCAGCCGGCGCUGAAGGAGAAGCUGUUCACGGUGCUGAAGCAGUACGCGGCCGAGAGGAGGGUGGAGUGCCUGGCGCACGGCCUGAGCGUGCUGCUCACCCAGGAGUCCCACCAGCCCCUCAUCGACAGCAUCAGGAUUUUCAUCCCCAAGAAGCACCGGCAGCGCUUUGACGAGGUGGUGUCGCAGAGCCUCAUCAGCAAGCUGUGCCGCUCCAAGAGCGAGCACGGCAACCGCCUGCGCCGCAGCCGCAGCGAGGACCAGCAGGAGCGGCUGCUCGUGUCCACCCGCGCCAGCUCCGUGCCCCGCAGCCACGAGGAGCUCAGCAAGAGCCUCCGCAAAACCACCUCGCUCGUCAGCAGCAACGUGGCCUCGGGGGCUGCCCGCAGAACCGUGCGAGUUUAUAAAGGCAACAGGAGCUUUGGCUUCACGCUGCGCGGCCAUGCCCCGGUGUGGAUCGAGUCUGUCCUGCCAGGGAGCCCGGCAGAGAAGGCUGCCCUCAAGGCUGGAGACAGGAUCCUGUUCCUCAACGGCCUGGACAUGAGGAACUGCUCCCAUGACAAGGUGGUGUCGAUGCUGCAGGGCAGCGGGGCCAUGCCCACCUUGGUGGUGGAAGAGGGCAUCGUCAGCUUCUCCCACGACUCUGACUCUGCUGAGUCCCCGAGCAGCUCCUCAGCCCUCACCUCCCUGCAGUGGGUUGCAGAGAUUCUCCCCUCUAGCAUCAAGAUCCAGGGGAGGACGUUCACACAGCAGCUGGAGCACCUGCUGACCCCCCCCGAGCGUUUCACCGUCUGCAAGGCCCUGGAGGGCUUCUUCCACCACCGGACCAUUGACACUCUCAUUGUGGAUGUGUACCCGGUGCUGGACACCCCAGCCAAGCAAGUCCUCUGGCAGUUUAUCUACCAGCUGCUGAGCUACGAGGAGCAGGAGCACUGCCAGCAAAAGCUUGACAGGUUUCUGGGGUACAAGGCCUUGGCAGGUGAGAGGGAGCCCCCUUGCUCCAGGACGGACACGCCGUCCGAGGCAGAGGCUGAGGAUCGGUACCGCAGCUCCGUGCGAGGGGCCUCCCUGUGCCGGGGCAGCCUCAGGACCCCCCGCCCCGAGGAGGGGGCAGCAGAGCUGGGAGCUGGGGCAGGGAGGUCACUCUGGGUCCCAGCAGGAGACAGGGCCCCGUGUGGGCCAGGGCUGUGGGGCUGGGGCACAGACAGAGCAGUGACUGGUUUGUCUCUCCCUCCUGCAGGCAGUGACACCGUGGAGGUCCCCGUUCGCCUGAUCCCUGGAGAGAGACAGGCAGGAGAUGGCACGUCCCUCCCGGAGACACCCAACCCCAAAAUGAUGUCAGCUGUGUACGCAGAGCUGGAGAACCGCCUGAUCGGGGGCUUUGCCGGCAAGGCGGGCAGCGCUGCCCUGCACAGGACCUCACCCCCCGCCCCCGAGCUGCCCCACGCUGCAGGUACCUCCGGGGGACCUCAGGGCACGCCGGGGCUGGCGUGGCCGAGCGAGCUGGCGAGCCAGCCCUGCUACUACCGGCUGCACAGCAGCGUGGCCUCGCCGUGCAGCACCGAGUCCAACCCCUACGUCAGCCUGGACAGCAGCCCGGCCCCGUCGCCCAAGCACCGCCAGUACUCGCCGCUGUCGCGACGCAAGAAGCUCUUCACCUUCUCCCGGCCCCCGCGCAGCCGCGACACCGACCGCUUCCUGGACGCCCUCAGCGAGCAGCUGGGACACCGGGUCACCAUCGUGGAUGAGUUCCUCACCCCUGAGAAUGACUACGAGGAGAUGAGUUUCCAGGAUGACCAGGGCAGCUACGUCACCAACGAUGUCAGCAGCAGCGAGUACAUCAGCAGCAGCGACGAGGGCAGCUCCCUGACCUACUCCACGCUCUCGGACCACAUCCCCCCUCCUCCGCUCAGCCCCCCGCCCCCGCCGCCCCCCCUGCAGUUCCACGACCCCCAGGGCGGCCCCGCCAAGGCCGAGGCCACCAAGGGCAGCGUGGCCCCCGCCCCCAAGUCCCUGGUGAGCCACCUGCACCCCGUCCCGCCGCCGCCCCCGCCGCCCCCGCCGCCGCCCGUGCCCUGCGCCCCCGCCCUGCACCGCGGGCUGCUGCACCGCCGCAGCGACUCCAACCACAUGAGCGUCAAGAGGCUGCGCUGGGAGCAGGUGGAGAACUCGGAGGGCACCAUCUGGGGGCAGCUCGGGGAAGACUCGGAUUACGACAAGCUGAGUGAUAUGGUCAAAUACCUCGACCUGGAGCUGCACUUUGGGACUCAGAAGCCCACGAAGCCAACUCUCAUGCCUGAAAACUUUAAAAAGAAAGACGUGGUUGAAAUUUUGUCCCACAAAAAGGCCUACAACACAUCCAUCCUGAUCGCCCACCUGAAGCUGUCGCACGUGGAGCUGCGGCAGAUCCUGAUGACGAUGGAGACGGAUCGCCUGGAGCCCUCCCACAUCAAGCAGCUCCUGCUCUACGCCCCGGACGGGGAGGAGGUGCAGCGCUUCCAGAGCUACAAGGAGAGCCCCGGCAAGCUCAGCGAGCCCGACCAGUUCGUGCUGCAGAUGCUGUCGGUGCCCGAGUACAAGAUCCGCCUGCGCAGCCUGCACUUCAAGACCACCCUGCAGGAGAAGACCGAGGAGAUCAAAGCCAGCUAUGAGUGCAUUUGCAAGGCCUCCCUGGAGCUGAAAAGCAGCAAGAAGCUGGCAAAGAUCCUGGAGUUCGUGCUGGCCAUGGGAAACUACCUGAACAACGGGCAGCCCAAGACCAGCAAAACAACAGGCUUUAAAAUCAACUUCCUCACCGAGCUGAACACGACCAAGACUGUGGAUGGGAAAUCCACCUUCCUGCACAUUCUUGCCAAAUCCCUCAGCCAACACUUCCCAGAGCUCCUGGGCUUUGCCAAGGACCUUCCCACGGUGCCACUUGCUGCCAAAGUGAACCAGAGGACCCUGACAGCCGACCUGAAGGACCUGCACAGCACGGUGAGUGACAUCCAGAAGGCGUGUCACAGCAUGCCCGCCACCGCCGAGGACAGGUUUGCCAUUGUCAUGACUUCCUUCCUGGAGAGUGCCCAGCCUGCCAUGCGCUCCCUGGACGACCUGCAGCACAAGGCCAUGGAGGAGUUCAGCAAGGUGCUGUCCUUCUUCGGGGAGGACUCAAAAAUGACAACUUCUGAAGCCUUCUUUGGCAUUUUUGCAGAAUUCAUGAGCAAGUUUGAGCGGGCUCUCAGUGACGUGCAGGUGGGCGAGAGCCAGCGCAGCCCCAGGAUGACCUCUCCCCUCGCCUGGUGACAGCCUGCAGCCACCUGAGGUGCAACACUUCCUUGCCAACAAAGUGCAAUUUGCUCCUGUCCAGUCUGGUUGUAAAUACGCUGCUGCCACCUGCCACACCCAGCAGGGCCACGGACAGAGGGGUCGGGGCAGGUGGACACUGAGAAGGCACCGCAGGUGACAGAGGGUGACACGAAGUUAAACCCUGCACUGGUCCUGACAGAGCUUCCUUAGCACCCUCCACUUCCAGGGGAUCCCUGAGCCCGGGCCUUUGUGUCCAUCUGGUAAAACCCCAGUGUCCCACGUUUCCCACACACCCGUGGCUGGCCCCAGCAGCCGCUGGAGACCUUCCCCUCACCCCCACGGGCACUGCCUGAGCCUGGGGGCUCUGCCCAGGCAGCCCUGGGCUGGGGGACAGCCCGGCCACAGAGCCCCUGGGCAGCCAGAGCAGCUCAGCAGGGAAGGGAGCAGGGGGAUGAGCAGGAGGGCAGCCACCUCCACUCCUCUGGGACCCUGGGGAUGCUGCUGAGUCCUGUCCCAUCCUCUCCAAGCCCCUCUACCCUGGGGCAGAGCACGGGGGGCUGGAGCUGCACCUGCCCAGAGGGGAACAGUGGAGCAGAGAGCACUGGAGGUGGCCCAGAAGCUUCAGUUCCCUUCUCCUGGCAGCCAGUGGCAAUGGAAAGCAGCAGGACCUUGCAGAACCCUUCUGGCACAUCCCCGUGGUCCCGAGGACGGAUCUGGUCUGAUCCUUCCAGCUCACGGGUCCUUCCUGGCCCUCAGCUCUGCACAAAGCUGUGCCAGAGGCUGACAGACCUUGAAACCCUCCCAAGAGUGUAACACCAUCAGCACGAGGUUAUUGGACCUCGCCAGCUGACAGCCCUGAGCAUUCUGAUGCCUCCUUGGAAAGCACAGAAUUCCCGAGAGCCUGGAGGGAGCAGGAGUGCUGUGCAGCCCCAGGUGCUGCUCCGGGGCACGGCAGGGGGGAACGGGGCAUCCCCCGCUGCAGUCGGGAGGGGUUUAAACGCUGAUAACACAGCUGUCAGUCUGUCUGUGCGUGUGGCACCUGGGGUCAGCGCUGGGGGGAGUGGUGGCUUCGGCAGAGCAGGGUGAGCAGCUGGACUGGAUGACCCUAGAGGGCUUUCCCAACCUAAGUGAUUCCACGGUUCUGGGAGCCCCUCUACUGUAGGAGCAGUUUUCAUGGGGGAUAGCCCGGGGAGCUCCAGAAGUGUCCACGGCCACCUCCCGGCGUGCACACCCUCCUCCAGAUGUGCGCACCCUCCUCCAGAUGUGCACACCCACCAUGCACACCCACCUCCCGGCCGGCACACCCUCCUCCAGAUGUGCGCACCCUCCUCCAGAUGUGCACACCCACCGUGCACACCCACCUCCAGAUGUGCACACCCACCUCCAGAUGUGCACACCCACCUCUCAGGGCGCGCGCCCCCCUCCCGCCGUGCCCGUCCCUCUCUCCCCGUGGCCCGGCUGUCUCUCAGCUGCCCGGAUCCCCCUGGAUCCCCCCGGUUGUGCCCCCGGCACGGAGGGACAGCGUUCCACGGCCACUGCAUGCGCCUGCGGGGGCUCUCGAGCUCUCCACGCUUUGUGAGCAUCCUCUCCGUGCAAAACCCACCCGUGUCCCUCCGUGCAAAACCCUCCCGAGUCCCUCCUGCCCCCUCCCUGUCCCUCCUGCCCCUUCCGAGUCCCUCCUGCCCCCUCCCUGU